UGCGACUGCUCCGUCCUCACGUGGCCAGUGCCAUUCCGCCGCCGCCGUCCUUGGGCGUCGCACGCGCUCAGUGAAAACUCUACGAAGCGUCGCUUCGUGCUACGUAGAGUCGCUUCGUGCUACGAAGAAAACGAAGGCAUUGUAGGAUAUUUUUUUUUGGGUGCGCGGCCGUUGAUGGUUUUAACCGCCAUGAACCUCUUCCUGCCCAUCGCCGUGGCGGCCGUCCUCAGUGCCGCCGCCGCCGAGCUGCCCGAGAACCCCUCCAUCACGUACGGCAGGGGCAGCGUAACGGGCAAGCGUCUGCGGAGCGCCGGGCUGCGGGAAGGAGUCGGAGCCAGGGACUACGCUGCUUUCUGGGGCAUCCCCUUCACCGAGCCCCCCGUCGGCAAGCUCAGGUUCAAGCCACCGGUGCCCAAAGACCUCCCUGACGAUCAGUUCAACGCCACCAACGAACUCGACCCGAUGUGCAUACAACAGCCGAGGACCUUCCAAGAUGUGAUCGGUGAAGAGGACUGUUUGCAUCUACAAGUCUUCACCUCGAAUUACGUCACUGGUGACCUGCCCGUGCUGGUUCUUAUCCAUGGCGGUGGUUUCAUGGCAGAGUGGGGUCCCCGCUCCGGCGUGCAAUACGUCAUGGACUACGACGUGGUCCUAGUCGUCGUCGCAUACCGCCUCAGCGUGCUUGGUUACAUGAGCUUUGAGGACGAGGACCUGCGGGGCAACCUGGGCAUGUUGGACCAGGUGGAGGCCCUGAAGUGGGUGCAGCGCAACAUUCACUACUUCGGCGGGAACAAGGACAGCGUCACGCUGGUGGGCAACUCCGCCGGCUGCGCCAGCUGUUUGCUGCACACCAUGUCGCCGCUGUCGAGAGGUUUGUUCCACAGAGUGAUCGGCACGAGUGGCACCCCGCUCAACCCCUGGGCUCAGCAGCACUCUGCUCGCGAGAACGCCGACCGCGUGGCCGACCUGGUGGGAUGCACCGGCAGCACCACGGCGGACAAGAUCGACUGCCUGCAGAGCAAGCCUGCCUCUCAACUCAUCGGCCUGGCAGCGGAGCACUUCGAGCCUUGGAUGGGGAACCCCUUCUCGCCGUUUUCCGUUGUCGUCGACGGCGUCUUUCUGACUGACAAGCCGGAGAAGGUGCUGGAGGACGUCAACGCCGUCAUGGACGUGCCUCUACUGCUCGGGUUUGUUCCCAUCGAAGGGCUGUUUCCCGCGGGAGAAUUCAUCUUGAACGACUCGCUGGUAAGGGACCUGGACGAGCACUGGGAGACAGUGGCACCGCAGCUGCUCAGCUUCCACGACAAACGAGUGCCUGAAGCAGACAGACCGAUACUCGCCCGGAAAAUCCGCAAGUUUUACCUCCAGAACAAUUCUCUGGCAUCGUCAAAGGAGCAGCUGCUGAAGCUCAUGACCGACGGCAACUUCAUGUCCGGGGUGUCCAGCCACAUCUCGAAGCGCGCGGCGGUGCAGUCGCAGCCCGUGUACGUGUAUGAGUUCGCUCACCGCGGAGAGUACAGCAAUUACGCCGGCGGACUGGGCGUUGGCCAUUCUGAUGACCAACUGUAUCCGCUGGAGCAGAGCGGAGUCUUCCACCGGCAGGAUGAUCUCAUCAUCCGCAGAACCAUCCUUGACAUGUGGUUUGCCUUCAUCCAAACCUCGAACCCCAGCAUUCCCGGCGUCACAUGGGAGCCCGUGGUUCAGAAGGGCGCAGAGGCUACCGUGAGAUACCUUCGCAUGGUCGAUCCGAACAAUAUGACCAUGGCCGAGGAUCGCGACUUGGGCAACGUCGCCUUCUGGAAGGAUCUGCGAACCGAACCAAAUCACACUGGCCGCGCUGAGACAUCAGUCGCCCUUUCCUUGGCUGCAGCCAGCGCUCUGGUACUCGUCAGCGCCUCAACGAAGUAGACUGCUGUCAAACACAUCCAGCCCCAAAGUAGGACGAAAUUUUGGUGAAGCACUGUCACUUCUACGACUGCAAACGUUUUGCCAGUAAAAGUUCCAAAGAGUA